GUUCAAGCCCAAAGAAGAAAAGGCCCAGUUAUAUACCAUUAACCUCUAUCGAUCAAUCUUUGUACUAUAAUUUGCAGAUUGUGAACUGCGCGAGAGCAUUUCCAAAUAGGAGGAAGCGCACCCAGCAGCGAUCAAGUGAUCAACUAUGAUUCAUUUUGUGCUCCUUAUUAGCCGACAAGGGAAAGUUAGGUUGACAAAAUGGUAUUCACCUUAUUCUCAGAAGGAAAGAACUAAGGUUAUUCGUGAGCUCAGUGGAGUAAUUCUAAGCCGAGGGCCGAAGCUAUGUAAUUUUGUGGAGUGGAGAGGGUACAAAGUUGUUUAUAAAAGAUAUGCUAGUCUGUAUUUCUGCAUGUGCAUUGAUCAGGAUGAUAACGAACUAGAGGUUCUAGAAAUAAUACAUCAUUUCGUUGAGAUUUUGGACCGAUACUUUGGCAGUGUUUGCGAGUUGGACUUGAUUUUCAACUUCCACAAGGCAUACUAUAUACUGGACGAGCUAUUAAUUGCUGGUGAACUACAAGAGUCUAGCAAGAAAACUGUUGCACGGCUAAUAGCUGCACAGGAUUCUUUGGUUGAGACUGCAAAAGAGCAAGCCAGUUCCAUAAGUAACAUAAUUGCGCAGGCCACCAAGUAGGAUGUUAGCAGUGCUGUUGGCUUUUGUAUUUGUGACUUUGAUGAACCAUAUGUAUGAAAUUCUGUUAUCAUAUUUUUUGAGAAAAAUUCCUUUGAAUGUAACCUUACAUAUUAUCGGCUUUUGUAUUUGCUCUUUGAUUUUUUUGUAUUA